CAUAUACAAGGAAUACUUGAGAGGUUCCUUGAGAGGUUCUGGAAGCUGAGGACCCCAUUGGAAUCCUAGCUGUUUCAGAGAAUAAUUUGUAAUGGCACCUUCACCUCUUGAGCUACCAGCUGACACAGUGCAACGCAUCGCUGCUAAACUCAAAUGUCACCCAACAGAUGAAAGGGUUGCUCUCCACCUAGAUGAGGAAGAUGAGCUGAGGCACUUCAGGGAGCAAUUUUAUAUACCCAAAAUGCGGGAUCUGCCUCUAAUUGAUUUAUCUUUAGUGAAUAAGGAUGAAAAGGCUAUCUAUUUCUUGGGAAAUUCUCUUGGCCUUCAACCAAAAACGGUUAAAACAUAUCUUGAAGAAGAACUGGAUAAGUGGGCAAAAAUGGGAGCCUAUGGUCAUGAAUCAGGGAAGCGUCCUUGGAUUUCAGGAGAUGAGUGUAUUGCAGGUCUUAUGAAGGACAUUGUAGGAGCCAAUGAGAAAGAAAUAGCCCUAAUGAAUGCUUUGACUGUUAAUUUACAUCUCCUACUGUUAUCAUUUUUUAAGCCUACACCAAAACGACAUAAAAUUCUUCUAGAAGCCAAAGCUUUCCCUUCUGAUCAUUAUGCUAUUGAGUCACAGCUACAACUUCAUGGACUUAACGUUGAAGAAAGUAUGCGGAUGAUAAAGCCAAGAGAGGGGGAAGAAAUCUUAAGAACAGAGGAUAUUCUUGAAGUAAUUGAGAAGGAAGGAGACUCAAUUGCAGUGAUCCUGUUCAGUGGGGUGCAUUUUUAUACUGGCCAGUUCUUUAACAUGCCUGCCAUCACAAAAGCUGGACACGCGAAGGGUUGUUUCGUCGGCUUUGAUCUAGCACACGCAGUUGGAAAUGUUGAACUCCACUUACAUGACUGGGGAGUUGAUUUUGCCUGCUGGUGUUCCUACAAGUAUUUAAAUUCAGGAGCAGGAGGUCUUGCUGGUGCCUUUGUCCAUGAGAAACAUGCCCUCACAAUUAAACCUGUGUUAGUGGGAUGGUUUGGCCAUGAAGUGAGCACCAGAUUUAAAAUGGAUAACAAGCUGCAGUUAAUCUCUGGAGUGAAUGGAUUCCGAAUCUCAAAUCCUCCCAUGUUGCUGGUCUGUUCCUUACACGCUAGUUUAGAGAUCUUUAGGCAGGCAACCAUGAGAGUAUUGAGGAAAAAAUCUAUUUUGCUAACUGGUUAUCUGGAAUACUUGAUCAAGCAUUACUAUGACAAAAAUAAAGCAGAAACCAAGAAACCUAUCGUGAACAUAAUUACUCCAUCCUGCAUAGUGGAGAGGGGCUGCCAGCUAACACUAACAUUUUCUGUUUCAAGGAAAAAUGUUUUCCAAGAACUAGAAAAAAGAGGAGUGGUUUGUGAUAAGCGGGAACCAAAUGGUAUUCGAGUGGCUCCAGUUCCGCUCUACAAUUCUUUCCAUGAUGUUUAUAAAUUUUUCACUCUACUCACUUCUGUACUUGACUCUGCAGAAACAAGAAAUUAGCAAUGUUUUCUAGGACAGCAUAAGAAAAUUAUUCUGAAAACUGUUGUGGUUAUUUUACUAUUAUUCAAUGUCUGUUGAAAGUAUUUCAAAAUUGAUUGCUUGUAACUGGCAAUAAAUAAUAUACUUGGUAAAAAUCU